CCGCGCUCCCUAUACCCACAACUCAACCCUCUUUCUCCGGCUCAACCUUUCCGCCUUCUCGCCGUCGCACUUUCCCGUAAGGUAAGGAAAACCUCGAGCUACAACCAUGGCAAGCACCAAGGUGCAGAGGAUCAUGACCCAACCGAUUAACUUGAUCUUCAGGUUCCUCCAAAGCAAAGCUCGGAUUCAGAUUUGGCUUUUUGAGCAGAAAGAUUUGAGGAUUGAAGGUCGAAUCAUUGGUUUUGAUGAGUACAUGAAUUUGGUUCUGGAUGAUGCUGAAGAAGUCAACAUCAAGAAAAAGAGCAGAAAGUCAUUAGGGAGGAUUCUCCUUAAAGGAGACAAUAUAACUCUGAUGAUGAACACGGGAAAGUGAUGAUCAUACUAGCAAUGUAUCUGGCAUCUGAUGCCUUCUCAACUAUUUGUAGGUCAAGCUAUUCAGACUGUAAUGUAGCCACCUUAUACAUUCUCUUCAUCUACUUUUUACUUGUCUGGCAUUUCUAUAUAUGAUUAUGCGGUUUUAUCAGGAUCUUUAAAUUGAGAAUUCUGGAUAAAUCAGAUUAGAAAAUAUGCAUGGUUGAUCAUUCA